UAUAUAAUUCUCUCUUUCUCCCCCCUCUUCUCUCUUUCUCUCAUUCUCUCAUUCUCUCAUGUUGACUUUGGCAUUAUCUUAAGGUUUAUGGAAUUGAGUUCUAUCCUGGACCCCGGAAGACCUCCCAAGAUGGACAAGGCUGUUAUGCUGGGUGAUGCUCUGAGAAUGGCGACUCAAUUACGAGGUGAAGCCCAGAAGUUGAAGGAGUCAAAGGAGAAUCUGCAGGACAAGAUAAAUGAAAUGAAGGCAGAGAAGAAUGAGCUUCGCGAUGAGAAACAGAGCCUAAAGACAGAGAAAGAGAACCUUGAGCACCAAAUAAAAGCUUUGACUGCUCAACCAGGCUUUUCCCCUCAUCCUCCUGCAAUCCCAGCUCCAUUGUCUGCUCCAGGACAAGUUGUUGGCGGCAAGCUGGUGCCAUUCAUGGGGUACCCUGGGGUUUCCAUGUGGCAGUUCAUGCCGCCGGCUUCUUUUGAUACCUCACAAGACCAUGUCCUCCGCCCCCCAGUUGCAUAAGGUGGCAGGGCUUUCUUUGUCUGCAUCCCUUUUGCAGAAGGAAGCCUUUGUUCGUGAAGGUUCUUGUUAUUUCUAUUUCUAUCAAGUUUGCAAUAAUAAGACUGGAUUAGGUGGAUGGCAAAUGUUACUUAAGAAGUUGGAAUUUCCAUUCGUUGAUGAUUUGUUGGAACAUCUUGUAGGUUUUAUUAACCAAAUUGGUAAUCUAGGUACCAUUUUUGACUGGUCA